AUGACAGGUUCUUCUCCGGCUCCAUCAUCCUUGUUGCUGUUUACUACCUCCCAGACGCCUCUCGAACCCCGAUACCCUCAUCCUGAAAAGCCUAAACUACUCAUUCCUUCGUUCAUACAUGCUUCGCUUCACUCGGCGCUCGACCGGGAGCCUCCAAGUUUCAAGGUCAACCCUGACGGAGUUCUGAUGAUUCCGGAUCCUAGCGACAGGAUUGAUGACGUCAACGGUGUCGUACCUCCGCCUGGACCGAUCACGCAAGAUUCACGAGGUGGUGAGGCGAGCUUCAAAGACGCCGAGAUCACGGUCAAGAUGUACCUCGUUACGCCGGCCUCGCACUCCAUCGAACAACAGAAGGCGCAGGUGGCUCGAGCAUUGAGAAACUUGGUGCACUACAAGGCCAGAGAUAAGCGAUGGAACGGGAGGGCUGCGCAGCACAUCGACACGUUUUUGCUCGGGUGGAAAGGCAUCGAAUACACGGGAGAUGAGCGCAUCGAGCCAGAGAAUGUCAAGGCACGAGCAGCCAGCUGUGGGAGUGCUAAGCUCGCCAGCAGGAUGGCAGCCGAGGCCGAGCGAGAAGCGGAUAGGAAGCAAAAGGCUAAAAGGGGUGAAAUCAGCGAGGAAGAGAAGAAAGACCUCGUUGAACUAUGGCAGGAGAUGUCGAGGUUGCCGUCAAUGAAUGGCGAUGGGACGAGAAAGGCCAGUCCACCUGCAGUCAACAGCUUGAGCACGCCGGAAUGUCAGAGCUUGCCACAAGAGCUGCUCGACUUUGCACGUGAUACGAAGAUCGACCUCUGGGCUGGCAGCACCGGCGAAGGUAGUGAUCCGCUACCGUCUGUGCACCUGCACAACACGCUCGCGGAGUUUUUGAACCACCUGCCAAAGGAGUUGAUACAGCAAAGUAGCACUUUGGGGACGACCGUGACCAUCGAUCAGGAUGUUGAGAACGGGACGCGCAAGCAGCUGGGAGUCGACGUUGAAUGGGUGUUGGGGUACACGGUCGUAUCCAAGACAAGAAAUGUCGUCGAGGAUAAAGGGUAA